AUGUCGUCCGCUGCCGAUAAGUCAAGGCAGUCUUCUGGCGGCAGAUCCCUCUUCUCCAGAGGCAAGCACCGCGCCGACAAGCGCUACACCGACAUCGAUCCCAAGAGCUCGUCAGAUCAGUUCGAAACGGCGUCCAUAAUCUCUUCGCGCUCCUCGCGCCACAAGCGGGAGUCGUCGUCGAUUUCGAUCGACCAACCCAGUUCUCCUGAUGCUGGCAUCAACCAGAUGGCGGGUGUGAUCACGUCCAUCCCCUACGACGUUCCGCCAGGCUCCCGCUCGCCAGUCUCGCUCGAGUUCCUCCCCAAGCCCGACCAGGCACCGCAGCGCCGCGAGCCAGUGCCUCACCAGCUCAACAUCAGCGGCUUCGACUUCCACCAGUAUCCGUCCAUCGAUCCGUCCGCCAUGGCUUCCUCACACCCCCACACGUCUGCGCGACCGGGCACGUCGUCCAACAUGUCCGUCAACAACAUCACCAUGGCCACCACCGGCAAGCAAGCCCAAUACCAGCAAUGGGGCCCCGGGCCUGCCAACCCUCACUAUGGACGGUCCUCGGGCGAGAGCUUCAACAACCCCUACAGCAGCGGCCAGGGCUUCCUGAAUCCGGCAUCCGCCCGCUCCUCACACACCACGCUUGCGCCCUCGCCGCCCUUGAGCUCUCAUCACCAGCCUCACUCGCCCCGCGAGUCUCAUCGGCUGACCAAGAUGAGCGCCUACGGCCCGACCUCCCACGACGGCUUCUACUUCCCCAAGCCCGAUGAUAACUACGUUGUUGAGCAGAUGUUCAUGCAGCUUAUGCAGAAGCGAGGAUGGCACAACCUCCCCGAGCAGGCCAGAAGACAGAUGACGGCCUACCCCGCAGAGAAGAAGUGGACGUUGCUACAUCAGGACCGUCUGACGGAGUGGCAAGGAGAACAGAAGCGAAAGCAGACCGCCAGGGCCAACCAGUAUGCCACACCCGACGUAACCACCUAUUCCGACGAGGAGGGAACCCCCGAGUGGUAUGUCAGGAGGGUCAUGGAGGAUAAGCUAGAUGCGAAGGUAACCUUGCUGCUCAAAAUUAACAGGAAGAAUGCCAAUGGAGGACCGGCUUCAACGGCGGUCUCCACACAGACGGAGAAGAAUCUGGAUCGCGAAUACGACAUUGUCAAGUGUCUCAAGGCCUUGAUGAACAACAAAUUCGGUGCCGACGAUGCCUUGAUGCAAUCAAAGGUCCUGCUGGCCUUGGCCACCUGCCUUAUUUCAUCUCGAUUAACCACGCGCAAACUCGUGAGCGAAAUCCUGACUUUCCUCUGCACCUGGGGCACCCACGGCGAAGGACACUUGAAAGUCAUUCAGGCUCUGGACGAAGUCAAAACACAGUCGGGCGAGAAUGGAAGAUUCGAUGCAUGGAUGCGGUUGGUUGAGGUCACCGUCGAUGGGCGAGGAAAGAUGGGCAGUCUUGUGGGUGCCAGCGAUGAGCUUCGUACGGGAGGCAUCGGAAUGGAGAACCUGCUGAUGGAAUACGCCGUUGCCACGCUGAUAUUGGUCAACAUGAUCAUCGACGCACCGGAAAAGGACCUCCAGAUGAGGGUUCAUAUCAGAGCCCAGUUCCACGCCUGUGGCAUCAAGAGGAUCUUGACCAAGAUGGAGGGGUUUCAGUACGAACUACUAGACAAGCAGAUUGAUCGGUUCCGCACCAACGAGGCCAUUGAUUAUGAGGAUAUGCUCGAGCGUGAGAACAGCAGUGUCAAGGACAAUAUCGAGGGAGAUGCCAAAGACUUGACCGACCCGAUUCAAAUCGCAGAUACGAUCCAACAGCAGCUACACGGAACAAAAACACAUGAUUAUUUCGUUUCUGCGCUUCAGCACCUUAUGCUUAUCCGUGCCAACGACGGCGAGGAGCGCCUGCGCAUGUUUCAGCUUGUUGAUUCAAUGCUCAGCUAUGUGGCCAUGGACCGACGCCUCCCCAACAUGGACCUGAAGCAGAGUCUCAACUUUACUGUUCAGAGUCUGCUGGACAAGCUGCAUACCGAUUCCGAAGCUCGGCAGGCACUCGAUGAGGCGUUGGAAUCCCGCCAGAUUGCGGAGGCCGCCAUGGCAGAGCGAGACGAGAUGAAGGCAAAACUGGAGCUCGGAGCCGAUGGCCUUGUGGCCAAGUUGCAGAGGCAGCUAGACGAACAGGCCCGAUUCAUUGAAGCGCAGAGACGCCAGGCUGAUGGCCUCAAGGGCGAGUUAAAUAACAUCCAAAGCGUCCGUGCCAAGGAAGCGCAGCGUUAUGAGCUUGAGACAAGAGAGCUAUAUCUGAUGCUGCGGGACGCCCAGGACAUCGCGGCAUCCAAUGCUGUUAAGGCUAGCAGUGGCAAGCCCGGCAAGGACAACUCGGCGCAGAUGCAAGGCAUUCUUGACCGUGAGCGCCUUAUGGAGCGUCUGCAGAAGCAGCUUGAGCGACAAAAAACCCAGUAUAAGCUGGAAGGCAGGAUUUGGGGAGACUCGGAUGGUCCCUCCGACCGCCUCCGUGCCCUCAGAGAAGCCAUGGAUGGCGACGGGGAACCAGGAACGCCUCCCGGCGGCGGUACACCUCCUCGUGACUUUACCAACAGUGUGCUCGGAACCAUCCAUCGUGGACGGAGAGCGUCCAAGCGGCCGGCUAAGCUCGAGCAACAUGCUAUUGAUGAAGAUGAUGUCGAGAUGGACGAGGAGGGUGUAGUUAUCGAGCGACCGAGAAUCAUCGAGAUGAGACGACCAGUUGUCGACGCAAAGCAGCAGGCACAGCUUCUCGGCGAGAUCGGUUCCAAGGUCAAGCGAUACGAGGGCAGCGAUUCCGAAGCCGACGAGGGCGCCACUACAGGCCCAUCCCACCCGAGCAUGGAAUCGUCCUCCCCCAUUACUCCGGCAGAAAGCGAGGCCCCCAAGGUCGAGAUCACCGCUGCCAGCGGACCGCCGCCUCCUCCACCUCCGCCUCCUCCCCCCAUGCCCGGUCAACUGCCCGGUGUUCCACCUCCCCCGCCGCCUCCUCCGCCUCCGCCGAUGCCCGGCGCGUUCCCCGCUCCUCCACCUCCUCCACCGCCGCCGCCGCCCAUGCCCGGUAUGGGAAUGCCACCUCCUCCUCCGCCGCCGCCUAUGCCUGGCGUCAAAGGUAUGGCACCGCCUCCACCGCCGCCUCCUGGCAUGCCUGGAGCUAUAUCCGGUCACUUCUUGCCUCAGACACCUGCCUUUACCGCUUCGCCUUCUGUCGGCUUGCCGGUGAUGCGGCCCAAGAAGAAACUCAAGGCUCUUCACUGGGAGAAGGUUGAUACCCCUGAGACCAGUCACUGGGCAGCCCACGCCCCUUCCGCCGAGGAACGAGAAGAGAAAUACAACGAGCUUAGUCGCAGAGGAAUCUUGGACGAAGUCGAAAAGCUUUUCGUCGCCAAAGAAAUCAAGAAGAUUGGUGGAUCUGGCGCGAAGAAGGAUGACAAGAAGCAACUUAUAUCGUCCGACCUUCGGAAAGCAUUCGAAAUCGCUUUUGCCAAAUUCUCUCAGUACUCUGUUGAUAAGAUUGUUCAGAUGAUUAUUCACUGCGACGACAUUAUAAUCACAAAUCAGGGUAUCAUGGAUUUCUUGUCAAAAGAUGACAUGUGCAAUAUCAACGACAACGUUGCCAAGCAAAUGGCCCCCUAUAGUACUGACUUGACAGGGCCAGAUGCCAAGAACCAAACGCGAGAAUCGGACCCCGAAGAGCUCACGCGACAGGAUCAGAUGUAUCUGUAUACGGCAUUUGAGCUUCACCACUACUGGAAGAGUAGAAUGAGGGCACUUGCUCUCACGCAGAGUUUCGAAUCAGAUUACGACGAGAUCAGUGCGAAGAUGCAGGACGUUGUCACUGUCUCUGAGUCAUUGAGAGACUCAGUCGCACUUAUGAAUGUCCUUGGUCUCAUCUUGGAUAUUGGAAACUACAUGAAUGAUGCCAACAAGCAAGCUCGUGGUUUCAAGCUCAGCUCGCUCGCUAGACUGGGUAUGGUCAAGGAUGACAAGAAUGAAUCGACGCUGGCCGAUCUUGUGGAGCGCAUUGUGCGAAACCAGUACCCUGAGUGGGAGAGCUUCGCCGAUGACAUUACCGGCGUCAUGACGGCACAAAAAAUCAACAUUGAACAGCUCCAGGCCGAUGCCAAGAACUACAUUGCCAACGUGAAGAAUGUGCAAAUGUCCCUCGACAAUGGCAAUUUGAGCGACCCCAAGAAAUUCCACCCCCAGGAUCGUGUGGGCCAAGUCGUUCAGAGGGUGAUGAAGGAGGCCAGGAGGAAGGCGGAGCAGAUGCAAGUCUACUUGGAGGAGAUGAUGAAGACUUACAAAGAUAUCAUGCUGUUCUACGGAGAAGAUCCCUCAGACGAAAAUUCUCGGAGGGAUUUCUUCACGAAGCUGGCCAGCUUUUUGCAGGAAUGGAAGAAGUCGCGUGAGAAGAACGUUCAGGUGGAGGAGACGAGGAAGCGUAACGAAGCCUCCAUGAAGCGCAAGCAUGCGCAAACAAAAGCCGCCACUCUCUUGGCAGACAAUGGGCCCGCAUCGUCAUCAAGCACUGGCGCCAUGGACUCACUGCUUGAGAGGCUUCGAGCAGCCGCACCGCAGGCACGGGACCAGAGAGACCGUCGCCGCCGUGCCCGCUUGAAGGAUCGCCACCAGGUCCGUGUGGCCUCUGGGCAGAAAAUAAACGAUCUCGACGAAAUUCCAGACAUCGAGACCAGUCUCUCCAAGUCUGAACCUACAAUUGACGAAGACGGAGAUUCUCAAACGCCCGUUUCACAGCCCCCUCCCUCACGAGAUGGCAACAAAGAGGAUGAUCUGGCCGACCGAGCUGCAGCGCUACUGCAAGAUGUGCGCGGGGGAGAUGGAAACGAUGAGGCCGAUGUCGAGAGGAGAGAGACAAUGAGAAAGGCCAGGAGGCAGACAGCAGAGGAAGAACGGAGAGCAAGGAGAAGACGGAGAGAGAGAGCCUCCAGCACA